AUAGUUUAUCAUCUAUUAUUCAAAAGUUUCAUUUUUGUUAAUGUUGAAUUGGGUACUCAUCAGUUUGCAAGAAUAGAUAUAUUUACCAAUGGAUUAGAAUUUGGAGAAAUUAGGGUUAGAAUUUGAUAAUUUUACUAUCAAUUUGGAGAAUUUAGGGUUAGAAUUUGAUAAUAAUAUUUUGAUGUCUGCUUUACUAAACUAGAUUUUUAUUUUAUUUUUUAUACUUCAAGUUGAGAUAUUACAGAGAUUGAAGCUUUCUUUUAUGCGUUUUUGUGUUCGGUUCAGUUUUCGUGUCAGAUAUAUCUAAAAGCAAGCCUCAUUGUAUCAGAGUAUUCCUUAAACCAACAUCAGGAAGUCAGGUUUAAUAUCAAACGUUUCUGCUGGCCGGAUGUUUCGUUCAACGGAUUUCAACUUCUUAUCGGAGAGGUUCAUAUUACAAAACUUCAAAAAUUUACUGACCUCGGCAUUAUAAAAGAUUUCAAUUCAUAUAUUUCAGAAAUGCUCUGGUUUCUGAAGUAGUUUAAUUAAUGAUCAGGUUCCUUGCAGUAGAAGCAAUGACUAAAACGUAUUCAGAUUCGAAGCAUUAGACCCUAUUAAAUUCUUUCUUUGUCUUUCAUUAAUUUCAGCUUUUCAACUUCUCAGCUCACUACAUUCCAUUACUCAGACUGCUCUAUAUAAUGAUCAGAAGUUUGUUAAGCCAGCACAACAAGAAAGAAAAAAAGUUAAGAGGCAAAGGAAGGGGAAACGGAAAUUAUGGUAUUCAUUCUUAAAUGGAAAACUAUGGUUAUUCGAUCAGAACAUCUCAAGAUCUUAUAAAAUCAGUAACUUGCUGAGUGACAUCAUUGACAAUAUUUUGAUUUGUCUGCCAAUUCAUUAAGCAGUGAAGACUUGUAUCUUCUCCAAGAAUUGGAGGUCUAAGUGGAGAUACCUUUCGAAAUUGGUAUUUGACAAUACUUUUUAUCAGAAAUCAGUAUUAACUUCUACUGCACAGCCUAAUAUUGCAAAACUCUUUUUUAAUAUCUAUAAAGUUAUAAUACUUCACCAUGGACCCAUAUUGAAUUUUACUUUUCAUGUUCCAAUUUUCAUACCGUAUCCUGAGAUUUACCAAUUGAUUCAUUACCUAAGCGAGAAAGAUGUUCAAGAAAUUAGCUUUGAUAUUAAAGGAGGUCUUCUUGAAUACUAUAGAUUGCCAUCAUUUCUGUUCUCAUGUGUGACAUUAAGACACUUGACCUUGUCCUCUUGUUCUUUCACAGUUCCAUCGGCAUUUCAAGGAUUUGUUAACCUGAUUUCUCUUAUGUUUCAGUGGGUUCGUUUUGAUACCAAUGUAUUUAGUUUCAUCUCCAAAUGCUCAUCACUUGAAAAACUUUCUAUAAAAAGCUGUUCCAAUAUUGGUAACCUUGAUAUUGACAUUCCUUCCCUUGAGUUCUUUCACUUCUAUGGCUCUUUUGAGGCUAUUUGUUUUAGUAAAGCUAGUCAGAAUCUUUCAACGGUUAUAAUUGAUAAUGCCGCAACUGAUGUAAAUAUUUCGGUACUCGAAAGCUCUGAACCGAUCAAUCUUUUCCAAUGUCUACGUAAUGUUGAGCACUUGCGUCUCGGAUCUCACUUUGUGGAUUAUCUGGUUGAAGGAACAAUGCCAAGAAAACUUUCAGCAACUCUUGGCUGGCUUAGAGUUCUUGAAUUACCUGAAAUACGUUUUGGGUGGGCGGACGAGGUCUCUCUUGUUCUUUGCUUGGUUGUGAGCUCUCCUAACUUGCAGAAGCUUGAGAUUGGGUCUGUUCCAACUACGUAUGAAAUACAGUCUCUUGCUCCUGAAAUUUUGAAAGUACAAGACCUUUUGGAUAAUGCGCUGAAAAAGCUUCGAGUGGUGAGCAUGAAGCUUGCAGACACGGAAGUAGUAAAAGCUGAAUUGGAAUUUAUUAAGUUUCUAUUGGCUGAAUCAGUUGUACUUGAAAAGAUGUUUAUACAGCCUGCCGAAGGAGCAGUUGCACUUAAGAUUUUGAAAGAGGUUCUUCGAUUUCAACGUUCAUCAACAAAGGCAGAAAUUGUAUACCUAGAUCCUGAUGAUGAAGGAAUUUUGAUCUAUAUGUAGAAUGAAACCAGGCAGCAAUAAUUCAUGCUUCACAGGUACGUACAGUCGAGCAAAUAAUAUAUCAGCAAAAUGCAUUUUCGGAUCCCUAUUCGUUUUUCGGAUUGAAUUCCUCCACUUUGAUUUGUUAAGAUUGAGUAUUUAAUUUACACUUUUAAUUAUAUAUUAGGUCCAUGUGUUGUGGAAAUGAAGUGCGUAUACUUCACGUGUCGUAACUGCAAUUGAAUAACUUUUUUAUUCAUUUUUUAAAAUUAUUUUUUUAGAAUUACAUUCUUAUAUUCACUUUUGUUGAAAGUAAAAUUUUUAAUGGGUUUUUUCACGAGAUGGAGA